AUGCUUGACAGCACAGUGGUCAACCUAAGCCCAGCACGUGGCCCCAGCAGCAGCCCCAGUAGCAGAACUGUGGUUAGGUGGAAUGCCUACAUCAAUAACCUCAUGGCAGAUGAGACCUGUCAGGACAUGGUCAUUGUGGGCUAUAAAGAUUCACCCUCCAUCUGGGCCUCCAUCCCAGGGGAAAAAAAAAAAACCUUCAUCAACAUCACGUCAGCUGAGGUUGGUGUCCUGGUCGGUAAAGACUGGUCAAGUUUUUUUGUGCAUGGGCUAAUGCUUGGGGGCCAGAAAUGUUCUCCGAUCUGGGACUCACUGCUGAAGGAAGGGGAAUUUACCAUGGAUCUUCCUACCAAGAGCACUGGCUCAGCCCCCACCUUCAAUAUGACUGUCACCAUGACUGCCAAGAUGCUAGUCUUGCUGAUGGGGAAGGAAGGUGUCCAAGGCGGUAUAAUCAACAAGAAAUAUUAUGAAAUGGCCUCCCACCUGUGGCAUUCCCAGUACUGA